AUGCCAAGAAACAUGAUGGAAGCGGAUAUGUCGGCCUACUCAUACACCAACGAGUACUACUAUGGAAUCAGUGAUGUCUCCAAAAUUGUUCCGGAAAGCGUAUCACUUCUCCACUCAUUGCGCACCUUUAUGGCUGGUGAUGUCGACACUAUCACAUUGUCCGCUGACAUCUUUAACGAUGAUCAAUCUGCAGUUACCAAUGCUCAGGUCAUCUCCCAGAUUGGCAGAUGCAAAACACUCCGCGUUGAUGGUACUGUUGGAAUCGGCACAUCCAGCAGAGUCUUCUUAAACCAAGGAUGCACUAUCCUUCUGAAUAAACUUCAGAUUUCCGAAAAAAUCAAUAUUCGUGAUGUCUAUCCAGACGCGUCAAUCAAUCUCUCGAAGAUUUCUCACAUCCCAUACACGGAAUACUGCUUGUCCAGCGUGACUCCAAUUAAUCUACUAAACUGUGCCUCUAGAGAAACAAAGAUUUGUGUCCCAGACUUCUCAUUGUCUGAUAUCAAUCUCUUCAUGAAGGAAUGGCUCCAAUCACCAACCACCAACAUUCACCGUCUUACUUUGAAAGUAAAUAAUGCGGAGGAGGAGAACAUCGAGAAGAUGUUUGAGGGAUUGGCUCACCUUGGAAUCAAAGCUCCUUGCUGCAGUUUCAAGACACACUGUACAAAUGCCUCCUGCGCUCACCAGAAGCUCAUUCAUCUGAAAAUCACUGGUGUCGACUUGCAUCGUAGUGAUGGAGCUGUGGCCACUGUCUUCUACUCUGCCGCUGUCCAACACUUCUCUUUUGUUUUCUUCGUUCGGUAUCCUGGAGAAUGUUCCAAGACACGUGUCAAGGAGCACACCAGAAAGCUGGACAAGGUGCUCAAAAAGCAUCGAAAAGUGCUCGAAGAGUUGCGCUGGUUGACCGACUUCAGAAACCGGAUCAUCGGCGUGUUUGGCGGCUAA